CCAUUGCUGCAGAUCCUUCCUCUCUUUGUCCCUUCGGACAUCAAAGGCUCGCAAGGGGACAACCCUGGCGGGAAGCUCCUCCCUGCUCAUUAGGCUCCAUAAAACAGGAACUCACCUUGGCUGGCUGUGCUUGGAGUCCCAUCCUCACCCGCUCACUCUUGACACUGGAUCUCGGAAGGAAGGGCUUGUGCUUGCCUCAGGAAAUCGGACCUGCUUUGGAACUGGACUAUUUUGGCUCCCCUUGGAAGAACUCUGGUGGCUCUCUUGGCCCUGCAAGCUCCUCGACGUCACAGUACAUGGAAAAAUGCAAGCUUUACCAGACGUGAAAGCGCCGUGUGAGGCCCUUCCUUCCCCCAGCCUGGAGCCCUUCCCACAGAGCUCCAUCGUGGUCACCCUCGAGGACAUGGGGCUCUGGAUGAAGUUUCACCAGAUAGGAACUGAGAUGAUCAUCACCAAAUCUGGCAGACGAAUGUUUCCUCAAUGCAAAAUCAAAGUCUCUGGCUUAAUCCCGUAUGCCAAGUACCUCAUGCUGGUAGAUUUUGUGCCAAUGGAUAACUUCAGGUACAAAUGGAAUAAAGAUCAGUGGGAAGUUGCUGGAAAAGCAGAGCCCCAGCUGCCUUGUCGCACCUAUGUCCACCCAGAUUCCCCAGCUCCUGGCAGCCACUGGAUGAAGGAACCUGUCUCCUUCCAAAAACUGAAGCUCACCAACAACACUCUGGAUCAACAUGGGCAUAUCAUCCUGCACUCCAUGCACCGUUACAAGCCGCGCUUCCACAUCGUGCAGGCCGACGACCUCUUCAGUGUCCGCUGGAGCAUCUUCCAGGUGUUCAGCUUCCCUGAGACUGUCUUCACCUCUGUCACUGCCUACCAGAACGAGCAGAUUACAAAGCUCAAGAUUGACAACAAUCCAUUUGCUAAAGGUUUCCGUGAACAUGGGAAGAACACUCGGAGGGAAGGACGAGCCAAAUGCCAGAAGCCCAGUCCAGCCAAGAGCCAGAAGAGGAAGCUGCCUGAGGAAAAGGAGCCUGCUGCUGAGGAACGUGAUUUUGAGAAGGAUGAGAAUGUGGAUGUGAAGGAAGAGAGUAACCCGGUGGUGGUGAGCAGUGGCUAUCCCUUCUGGGGCUCGGAGCAGAACAGCAGCCAGGCCUUCCCUGCAGCCUCACCAGUGCCUGCUGAGCAGAGGGAGCCUCUGGCCAGGGAGCAGCAGGUGCCAACACCAUCCUACCACACAUACCGGUUCCACGAAGCUGGGGACAGCCAGCAGCUUCCCAGCCGUGACACCGCCACCCUGAACGAUUUCCGCGCACGGUGCCACGCCUUGGAUCUGGCCAUGGUGCCCGAGCACGACUCCAAACAGCUCCCAGAGGGCUUCACCAACCUGCCCCCACUGCCCCCACCUCUGCCUCCUCCCCAGGACUACACAGGAGUGGUGAACAUGGCUCUGGACUCUGUGGGGAAAGCCGGGCCCCGCGCGCCCAUGUACGGUCCCUAUGGCACCGAGCAGGGCCUGGGGCAGUGGGUGGUGCCUUCCCACGGCCAGUACAGGGCAAUGAGCUACUCGGCCUUCUCCACGGAGUACAACACACAGGGAACUCCAGGACAUGCCCACGGCACCAUGGCAGAGUGGAGCCAGUACCCUCUGUUCCCCUACGCCUGCUGGUGAAUGGGGAGGACCCUUCCCAGUGAAAAGACUGAAAGAAAAUUGUAAAUGAGAUUGAAUUUACUGUUGGACUUGUGAAGCUUUGCCUACACUAGGCCGAGGUAUUGCUGCAAGCAGUAGAGUGGGACACCUUCACUUCCUUGUGUCCUUGCACAACAACCCUCACCAUAUUUCACAAGCAGUGGUUGAACUGGUGGCUGCCCCAGCCAUGUCACUGUGGAUCAGGCUCAAUGUGUUGUGCAGUGGUUUUUUCCCAGCAGGAGCAGGAAACCACAGGUCUGCAAGAACAGAAUUUAAAUAGCUGCUGAACUCAUAGUCAGUGUUGGCACCUUGUAUUUGGCAGCUUCCAACAUCCCUUCCUCCUGGGACCUGGUGCAAGGAGAUAGGGGCAGAGGACUUCCAGUAAGCCAUCCACGUGGCCAGAAAGCUGUAGAAAAUAUUGCAAAGGCAAGCAAAGCAAGCAAUCCUGGUGAACUCUGAGCAGCUUCCUCAGUCAGUGUAGUCAAAGUAAAGCUAGAGUCUUGCCUUUCUUCCAGCAGCAGGUGAGAGUAAAAUGCACAGCAAGGUGUGUCUGGAGCCCAGCAGGCAGAGUUUGCAGAGUCUGCAGGCAGGGGAGAGUUUGUUCCAUGUAGGAGACGUAGCAGCAAGGCUGUGUGUGGCGUCUUCCUGUGCCCAUGCCCAUCCCUCCUCUGCCAGCCCUAGAUCUGAGGUCAGUGAAAUGUUCUUCAUUCUGUGGAUGUGGAGGGACGUGGUUCAUGGAAUGUGGGGGGCUCCUCUGGGGCUUUCCAAGGUUGUCAGAAGCAGGGCCAUGAACAGCAGUGCUCUCUGUCACUCCAGACUCUUCCUUUGGAGGGAAAGGAGAUUUUCUACUGUGAACUUACUCCUUCUCCUGCUCCCUGCCACCCUUGGAGAAUAUAAUUUAUAGCUGUGCUUCCUGCCCUGCUCUGUGAGUGUGUGAAGUUAUCUCACCUGUCUGGGAGUCUGCAGGGAUCUGUCCAUGUUUAGUUAUCAGAGUGGUUCCACCUCCCUCCUCUGUGGUCCCAUCCUGGGCAGGAGCAGCCUGUGCACUGCCAGGCAAGCAGGCAUUCUUUUCAUCUUCCUUUUAGAAGGGGGAGGCCUCCUUGUUUGCCCACGUGCAGAUGGCACUGGGGACUUGGUGACACAGACUCAUUGCUUCUCAGGGAGGAUAGACAUGCUCCUAGGUGUUAUUUAGGGAAUGUUUUCAUGUCACACUAAUAGCUGCUGUGUGGCACUGAGGUGUGUCAUUUAGCCUGUGUGCCAGAUGGUUUUCUGUGUGAGAGUGAGUGUGUGUAGCAAGAUGUUGUCUCUGAGCAGACCUGUGCAGUUUGUGCCUCAGGACCCCUGUGCAGGGACGCUGGGAAAGGCUGUGCACCCGGUUUUUGGGGCACCAGCUCCUCAGUUUGCAUCUGCAUAGCAUAGGGAUGUUGAGCCAUGUUGUUAUUGUUAAAAUUGCUGUGAAAAGCAGCCCUGUAAAUUUGUGGGCUCAGCUACAAUGACUGUUUUCUUAUUUAAAUUGUAUAUUGCAAACUGCUUUUGUACCACAAUUAUGAUAUGUACAGAGCAGCUGAGUACUUCCCCUGGGCUUCCCAGGGUUUGAGGAUGUGCAGCAUUGAAAUAAAGGUCAGACUUUGCCACAGUACAUGUACAUAAUGCCCUGUGAGCCUCCCCUCUGAUGGCACCCUGGCCAGUAGUGAUUUGUACCUGCUGUGCAUGACACACAUGUGGAUGUGAGCAACUCACUUAAAAAGAAAUCUGGCUGGGGAAACAAAAUGUGGAGCAGGCCUUUGUUAAUGCCCAAAUAUCAUGAUUUCCUGCUGUCCAAAUGCCAGCUGUGUGAAGGCAGGUCAGCUGUAAAAGGCUGUCUCUGGCCAUUAGUAGUUAAUUUUGCUACCACUGUCCUUCACAUCUUGGAAAUGAGAGGAGCAGAAUGGCUGGGGAGGUGGGUGAGUGCCUUGGGCACCAUGUGCAGGGACCCGAGGGGGUAUUUUGUGCAUGGGAUCGCUGCCAGCAGCAUGCCCACAAGAGAGACAGAGGGAGAAUGCAUCCCCCACAGGCUACCUGGCUGGAUCUGUUGCUUUAUCUUUGUAGCUGGGAUGUGUUUCCCUGUCACGGAGCGCUAAUGAGGAUGAAAAGCUGCAGCGAGCAUGAGUAACUGAGGCCAGCUGGGCAGCACUGGGGAAUUCCUGUGAAAAUCCGAGUGCAAUGCCGUUUCUUUCAAACCUUUGCAAUAGCAGCGCAGGUGCUGCUGCCCCCUGGGCAUGUCGGUAGAGCUGGUUUGGCAGACGGGGUAAAAGACUCGGCUUUGUGCCUAGGACGAGCCAUCAAUUACUCAUCGGCCUUCUGUUGCUACAGGACUGCUCGCCCUUCUCCGGUGAAUCAUCCGGCGUGCAGAAGUACCUAUCCUUUCUCUCUGAUUAGAGACUGUGCUCGGCUCGUUCGGGAAGCCUUGGGAGAUUUUGCCUGUAGGUGUGCUCUGGACUCUGCUCCCGCCCCCUCGCUCUGCAGCUCCCACUGCCUUGUUUUCCUAAGCUGUGGCAUUUCAAGCCUGUAUGAGCUCGAUUGAAAUGCUGGUUUUGCACGCAUGUGAGAUAAUGUAAUGCCUCUGACAGCUUCAAUAAAAGGAAAUGAGACAUGUGGAAGUCAGGCCAUUAAGACUAAUAAAAUAAACUCAAAAGUGUAGGUUUUGUGCAUCUUUCUCAAGCGCAACGUGCUGUGCUUUAG